AUGGAGAACAAAUUGGCUUGGGAGAUGGCAAUUGAAAGACUAGCAAAUACAUCAAAUGACAAAAUUGAUAAAUCAACUAGUACUACCAACCAACUAUUCGAAAGAAUUGAGGGAAGAAUGGACCAACUUACAACCAUGUAUAGAAACAUAGAGGUUCAAAUUAAUCAAAUUGCCAAUUCGAUUAACAAUAGGAACCAUAGAGAAUUACCUAGUAAAACUGAAGUUAACCUUAGAGAGCACAUCAAUGCUAUCAAUCUUAGAAGUGGUAAAACGGUAGAGGGACCUAAAUUUGGUGAGUUUAGUGGUAAAAAGGAUAAGGAAGUAGCAAAUGAGGAAAUGAAAGAGAACCAAAAAGAUUAUGUUGUUAUUGAUAUUGAUUUACCUCCUUCUAAUGUUCCCUCUUAUGUGCAUUUCUUGAAGGAUAUCAUAUCAAAGAAGAGGAAGGUUGUGGAUAAUGAGAUAAUAGCAUUAACGGAAGAGUGUAGUGCAUUGAUUAAGAACAAACUCUCUCCUAAAUUUAAAGAUCUGAGAAGCUUUUUCUAUUCCUUGCACUAUUGA